AUGAAGAAAGAAAAUGAGGAAUUGAAGCAAUUUUUAAAGACACACCAUGUCCAAGAGCGACUGAAGCCCAGAGAUGCAUUUUACGGCGGAAGGACAAAUGCGGUCAAAUUGUAUCAUGAGGGUGACACAAAAUAUGUAGAUUUCACCUCGCUUUAUCCAUGGUGCAAGGUCUUACCCCCUCGCAGCUUGUUUUUGCCCGUUCUUCCUUAUAGAUGCAAUGGAAAACUUAUGUUUCCUCUAUGCUCUACAUGUGCAGAAAAUAUGACUCAGACUCCUUGUGCCCACAAUAUGGAAGAAGGAGCAUUUGUUGGGACAUGGGUUUCUGAAGAGCUGAAAGUAGCCGUCAACAAAGGAUACACAGUAAUACAGAUGUAUGAAGUAUACCAUUUCAAGCAGCAGUCAAAUACAUUGUUCAAAUCUUAUAUUGAUCUGUUUUUAAAAAUAAAACAAGAGAGCAGUGGUUGGCCUGCAAAAUGUAUUACCAGCGAGGCUAAGAGGAAAUACGUCCAGGAGUAUGAAGAAAAGGAGGGAGUGAAACUAGAUGCAAGUAAAAUUGAAAAGAAUACUGGGCGUCGCCAAGUAGCAAAGUUAGCUCUCAAUAGUUUUUGGGGAAGGUAA